UCACACUGACUGCAGAGUUACACACAACAGACCAGCAGCACAGUCCUUUUCAGCUCUUCUGUUGCUGUAUUACCAAACGUUCAUCGUUUAUUAUGACAUUCAUGUUGUUGUUUUUUUCAUUUGUUUGUGUUUAAAUGUAGCCUUUACAAAAUAAGGAACUGUUGUUAUUUAAAACCAAUUCAACGAAAUGCCAAAUCAAAUAUUUGACGCAUUUAUAUUCUUCUGUUUGUGCUUAUGGAGUCUGAGUGGAGUGUUUGGUGUUGAUGAUGCAGUGAAGUCAGUGUCAGUGACUGAGGGAGAAUCUGUCACUCUAAACUCUGAUCUCACUGAAAUACAGACAGAUGAUCUGAUAAUGUGGAGAACUGUACACAACAGCAAUCUCAUAGCUACCAAAGAAAACUAUAAGAUAGAUUUUCCUGAUGUGAGAUUCAGAGACAGACUGAAGCUGGAUCAUCAGACUGGAUCUCUGACCAUCAUGAACACCAGAAACACAGACUCUGGACUUUAUACAGUAUCCAGCAGCAGAUCAGAGACACCGCUCAACACAUUUAAUAUUACCGUCUAUGCUCGUCUGCCUGUUCCUGUCAUCAGCCAUUCUUCAAAAAAAUCCCCAACUUCAUCAAAUUGUUCAUUGGUGUGUUCAUCAGUGUUGAAUGUGAGUGAUGUGACUCUCUCCUGGUACGCAGGAAUGAGUGUAUUGUCCAGCAUCAGUGUGUGUGAUCUCAGCAUCAGUCUCUCUCUACCUCUGGAGAUUCAGUGUCUGGAUGAUUCCUACAGCUGUGUGAUCAACAAUACCAUCAGCAACCAGACCACACAUCUCAACACUCAACUCUGUGGGCCAUGUUCAGAUUUUAACUGGUGCUGUGGUUUUACUGAAGCUGUGAUCCGAUUGGCUCUCUCUGCUCUGGUGGGCGUGGCUACUGUUGCUGUGCUGGUUUAUGAAUUCAGAUCCAGAAGAAGUCUUCAACAGAAGAAGAGAGAGCAAACGCCAUCAAACUCUGAUUAAUCAGAUACUCAGGAAGGUGGAGAUGUUCCUGAAAAACUGUAGACAUUAUAUUACAAAAAUGUAAUUUUCUUCAGUUUCAAUCAGAUUUUCAACAGCAUGCCUUA